UGCAUUGGCUUGUGGGUUUGCCGGAGAGGAGUUUACUGAGCGUUUCCAUCUCGGGUUGAGGCCGACCGGAUAAAGAGUCCAUGACUGCUGUGUCAGUGGAAACAAACGAAUUUCUCAGUCGUCGUUUUCUCAUUCGUUCAUCAUCCGGCGACGCUGAAAUAUUCCGCGUAAUCCGAUUUGGUCCGGUAUUGGAGAUACCUGAUGAACUUCAGUUGCAGCUUUGCAUUAAAGUGUCGUCUUGGCCUCUGUUGCUUGACUGCGCUGCAUCUUCCGUUUUUAUCAAUAUGUCAGGAAGGAAAGAGACUGUGCUGGAUCUGGCCAAGUUUGUGGAUAGGGGAGUGUCGGUGAAGCUGAGUGGUGGUCGACAAGUGACAGGAAUUUUGAAAGGAUAUGACCAACUUUUGAAUUUGGUGCUUGACGAGGCCACGGAAAACUUGAGAGACUCGGACGAUCCUAUGAAGACCACGGACCAAAUAAGACAAUUGGGCUUGAUUGUCUGCAGAGGAACUGCUGUCAUGUUGGUUGCCCCAACAGAUGGUACUGAGGAGAUACCAAAUCCGUUUCUUCAAAACGAGACCCCCGCCGCUACUUGAUCGGUAUUUUCAUCACCUACAAUCUUCAGGUUUACAGAAGAGAGCUACUCUGCCAUCAGCUGUUCCUGCGUCAUCUACAUUGUCCUCUGAAAAUGAUAGUUCCUGGACGAGAAGAAAAAUGAAAUAUUUAAAUUUAGUAAUGACUGAGGUCCUGACCUAAUUUCUGAAAACACAUGUACAACAGCACAUACUAUUGAAUGUGGUUCUAGAUGUGCAUAAUAUUUAAGUCAAUGAAGAGACUGACUAUAGUGCUUUGAUUGCUGUAA